UUCAGAGAGGAGACGUCCUUAAACUGAACCAUGUGACCGAAAGAGUUACUAGAAUGAAUGUAAUCAUUAAAAGUAUUAAUUAAGAAUCCUAUCUGAUAAAAAAAAAAAACAAUAUUAUAAUCUAUAACAUUUCACAUACAGCUUUUAGAUUAGGCUACUUGCAGAGGAAGGGAGGAAGGCUUCAUGUAUUUGUGAGAAUAAAUUAAGCAUUCAAAAUAUUUUUUAUGAAGACAAAACAAAGCAUAUUAAUGCUCAAAUUGCAAAAAAAAAAAAGAGGUCUAAAAAAACUAUUCCCCAAACCGGUUAAAAUCCCCUGCUAUGCUUUGUGGGUAAAAGUGCGUCCCGGUGGUAUCCGCCCAUAUCCGAGUACAGGAGGCCAAACCUGAGCAGCUAAGGCCGAACAACGCCGGAUCAAAUGGAAAGUUCAAUCGAUUAAAUUGCCCACUUUUUUCCCCCUUGCAUGUUCCCCUGCUUUGCUUCCGAGACGAGGUAAGACCGACUCUACAUGCUGAAGACGUUUUGGAGUGAAAUAGGAAAUGCAGAGAUCGAGUGAAAGCAGAGGAUUAUCAGCUUGACUUCUUUCGGACGCGGAACUCCAAACACAUCGCUAAAAGGUGAAUCAUGACAGAAUAUAAGCUGGUAGUGGUGGGAGCUGGUGGUGUUGGCAAGAGCGCUCUUACUAUUCAACUCAUCCAGAAUCACUUUGUGGAUGAAUAUGACCCUACCAUCGAGGACUCGUACAGAAAGCAGGUCGUGAUUGACGGUGAGACGUGUCUGCUGGACAUCCUGGACACUGCAGGUCAGGAGGAGUACAGCGCCAUGAGGGAUCAGUACAUGAGGACAGGCGAGGGCUUCCUCUGUGUCUUUGCCAUCAACAACACCAAGUCCUUCGAGGACAUCCACCAUUAUAGAGAACAAAUAAAGCGGGUGAAGGACUCUGAAGAUGUCCCCAUGGUGUUGGUGGGGAACAAGUGUGACCUCCCGUCCCGGACAGUGGACACCAAGCAGGCUCAGGACUUAGCACGCAGCUACGGCAUUCCCUUUAUUGAGACCUCGGCCAAAACCAGACAGGGCGUUGACGAUGCCUUUUACACAUUAGUGAGAGAAAUCCGGAAGCAUAAGGAGAAGAUGAGCAAGGAGGGCAAAAAGAAGAAAAAGAAGUCCAAGACAAAGUGCACACUCAUGUGAAUAACAGCCCCCCCCCUUCAAGACAGACUAAAACAAACUAUGUUGAACAGUUACAGUAAUACAUUUUGUACAUUACACUAAAUUAUUAGCCUCUUCUCAGUACCCACCAUAUUGAAUACUAAAACCUGACCCCCCCCCCCCCCCACUUUUUCUGCCUUUAUGUCGUUUGCUAUGAGGACACCAAUAAGCUUUUAUUUUCAGUUCAGUGCCAGUUGCCCACACGUGUUGGUCCUACAGCCAUGAUGAUGUUUGAUUGGGUAAUUUUUUAUAUAUAACCACAGAGCUGUGAAAGAAUCGCAUCACAGCUCCUGUUUCACUUAUAAUUCAUUCACAAUUUGAAUUGUUUAGUUAUCGUUUUUUUUCCUUUGCUUAAAAAAGUCAUGACCUGCUAAAGUUCUGUCGUGCUCUUUUAAAGUCUGGGAUGCCAAAGAAUGAAUUUUUGCUCCCAAUUUCCAAAUCUUAAAAAAGAGGACCAACACCCAGCCAGAUGAGAUCCAACAUGUCACAGCCACUGUGUAACGUCCCCCGUCUCUAGGUCUUCACUUAGUUUAUGUCACUGAUAUAAGUAUGCAUGCAAACUUCUACUCUUCUUCUCCCCAUGUGUUACCACCUUAAUUAGCCCCCCCCCCCCCCAAAAAAAACAACAUUAAUUUGUUGAUGCUUUGUGCUAUGUGGGGAUUUCUUGCCUACAUGAGACGUUUUGUGUUGUCUUCUUUUCUGCAUGCAUUGUGUUCUGACAUGACAUGGGGGGGGGGUUUGCAUCAACUGCCUCUGGUGGAGUCAGAAACGAGGAACUCUGACCCGACUCCAUAUCAUACAUUCAUUCAGUCGUCAAGUUCAUAGGAAGGAUUCAGGACUUUGCUUUAAGUGAGAAACGAAAAUUUGCCACUUCAAUUUAAAAACCGAAUCAGAAAAAAACCAGAUGAUCACUUUUUAGGGACUAGCAGCAAAACUGGUCACUUUUAAUGUAGCAGGGAUUCAUGCCAAGUCGCAACUGAUGUCCAACAGCUUUCUUUUUUCUUUUUUGACCUCACAGGUCCUCGUUGUUCUGUAAGGCACAACCACAGGAUGCUUUUUCUUUCAUCCUGAUAAAAAACGUUUUAUUGCCUUUUUAUGACAAAAAAAAGAAGUCUUGUCAUCCUCCUGAUCGAGGUGAUCAAAUUGAAACUUUAAGAAGCCUUUUUAUCAGCUUAUUCAUGUUCAGCAGGUUUAGAAUUUGUGAUUUUUCCAGUAGCUAUAGCCACACACACACACACACACAUACAUGUCAUGCCUUGUCCAGUUUUCUAAGCUGUCGACUGUUUUCUCAUGACGGGGACGGACAGCAGAGAGCGUCUUCAAAGCGCUCUCAGGAGGUCUUCCUCUCGGUGUCACAGAGGUCGUUCCAAAUGGAUUUUCACAUUCUUCCCUUUGCUUCUGAAAGAGUUUUUUUUUUAUUUUUUAGAUUAGUUUCCUAAAGUGUUGAAAUAGUUUGGAGGGGCUGCCUUUUCAACAGAGAUGAUUGUCCAGCAGAAAUUAGUCAUUUUGCUCUCUCAAAGCUUGUUUAUUGAGGUGAUGAUGUAACUGGAACUGAUGUGUGGAAAUGAGGCAAUAAUUGCCGCAAAAUUGUUUUUUUAGAGAAAAAAGGUCUGAAUACUAAAAAAAAUAAAAAAAUUAGCUUCCUCCUCUCUAGGUUAAACAAUACUUCACCUUUUUCCAUCUUAUUUACAAGCUGCUCUCCUCGGAUUUUGAUUGGCCCUCUUAUGUUUGCAGUAGGUGCUACUUUCUAGGUAGACUGACGACGACGUGUGCUUCGUCCUGUGCGCUCAAACAAUUCACACAAACGCUGUCUUAAGGGAGCGAUGUGGUCCACACACAAAAAUCCACUUAUUAUUCAUCAUGCUUUUCAGGAUUAAUGAAUUUGACCCAGUUUAUUAUUAUUACCUCUUUUUUUUUCAUGAAGUCAAUAAUAACAGAUCAUUAUGGAACCCCUCUUUGUGAACAAUACUGUCUCAAAGUAGUCUAACUGAAAUGUUCCUCUUCCUUUAUUGCGUGCCAACAGCUGAUUUUCUGAAAUGUAUCAUUUAUACCUGGAUCAUAUUUUAACAACCUUUGUAUAGUUGUGAUACUGAAAGGUGCAUAUUUUGUAAAUUUGUGCUUCAUUUCGUCGGUGUGUCUAAAUGAAUGUUGCUUUAAUGGAGGUCCACUCCGCUCUGUGUAUGUGACUAGAGAGUGUGUGUGUGUCUGGGUCCAGGUCUAUAGGGAAGUGAAUGAAUGACCACUUCACAGCACAACCUGUUGUGGGCAGUGUCGAGUGGUGAUCUGAUCUCAAAACGAGUCUAUUUUUUGCCAUGAAUCUCACCACUCCUAUUUAAUGUGUAAUAAAGAACAAAGAAAAGAGGAACUUCA